GUACGCCUGAGUUGGCUUCUCACCAUGUCUUCUCACAAGACUUUCAGAAUCAAGCGAUUCCUGGCCAAGAAACAAAAGCAAAAUCGUCCUAUUCCUCAGUGGAUUUGGAUGAAAACUGGUAACAAAAUCAGGUACAACUCCAAGAGAAGACACUGGAGGAGAACCAAGCUGGGCCUGUAAGGAUUCA